GCGCGCGCCGCCUCAUUAGCAUGUCAUUAGCAUGUGACGCGGGAGAGGCGGAAGCGGCGGCGGGGAUGGGGCGGUGCGGGGCCGGGCUGCGCCUGGCCCUGGAGGGGAACAUCGCCGUGGGCAAAUCGACCUUCCUGAAGCUGCUGGGAGCCACCUUCCCGCGGUGGCACCUGGUGACAGAGCCGGUGGCGCAGUGGCAGAAGGUGCCGGCCCAGGGGCCCCCAACCCUUAUCCCUCUGCAGGAAUCCACGGGCUCCACCAACCUGCUGCAGAUGAUGUACCAGGAGCCAGCCCGCUGGUCCUACACCUUCCAGACCUUCUCCUGCAUGAGCCGGCUGAAGGCAAUGCUGGAGCUGCCAGAGGAGCCCCCCGGGACCCCCCACCCCGUGAGGGUCUUUGAGCGCUCCGUGUACAGCGACAGGUACGUCUUUGCCAAGAACCUCUUUGAGGUGGGGCACCUGAAUCCUCUGGAAUGGGCCAUUUACCAGGACUGGCACAGCUUCCUGCUGCGGCACCUGGGCCCUCGUGCCACCCUCCAUGGCUUCCUGUACCUGAGGGCAACCCCACAGACGUGCCUGGCGCGGCUGCGGCGGCGGGCGCGGAGCGAGGAGGGUGGGAUCCAGCUGGGAUACCUGGAACAGCUGCACGCCCAGCACGAGCACUGGCUGGUGGACAAGACCACGCAGAUCCACUUCGGGGCCGUGCAGCGAGCGCCCGUCCUGGUGCUGGACGUGGAGCGGGACUUCGAGCGCGACGUGGCCGCGCAGGGGGUGCUCAUGGCACAGGUGGAGGCCUUUGUGACAUCCCUGGGAGCAGAAGCCUCACCGUCACAUCCUGACGCUCUCUGAGUGACCCCCCAGGUACCCUCCGGAGCCGGGAAAGGGCAUCACCCGCCUGGAGAUCCCCACACCGAGGACAAAGGGACAAAUCGUGGUCCCCAACUGUCCCCCCCAGCCUGUUUGCUCUGGGGGACGGGUGGAUUUGAGGCGCUGCCAGGAUGGUUUUAGGGCAGCCGUGGGAUGAGUUUUGGGGUGUCAGGGUGGACUCCCCACGCUCCCCCUGUGCUUGUGGGACCAGCAGUGACCCCCGUGUUUCCCCCCACACUUGGGGGGCCAGGUGAGACCUCUGAUCCCGUGUUUGCCCCUGUACUUGGGGGACCAGCUGUGACCCCAUAACCCCGUGUUUCCCCCCGUAUCUGGUCACGACCGUGACCCCUCCCCAUCUUUCGGGAUCCCCGGCUGGGGAUGCUCCACAGGGUGGGUUUAAUGCACUGGUUAAAUUCCCAUGGAAAAUGAUCAUGGCUCGUGUUUAAGUUUCCCCAACCCCUGUAUUUAAUUAUUUUGUAGGUAAUUUUUUUUCCUUAAAUUAAAAAGCAAAUCAGUGUUGA